GCGUCAAAUAAUAUGGAAGUAACAGCGGCUAGUUGGGUGGCACUGAGCCUUGUCUUUGUAAGCAUAGUAGUAAGGUUGGCAUGGAGCGUGCUGGACUGGGUGUGGCUCAAGCCGAAGAAGCUAGAAAGAUGUUUGAGGAAGCAAGGCUUUAAAGGCAAUUCUUACAGAAUCUUAUAUGGAGACACAAAGGAGAACGUUAUCAUGCUCAAAAAAGCAAAAUCGAAACCCAUGAACCUCUCAACCUCCCAUGACAUAGCACCUCGAGUCACUCCCCUUCUCCAUCAAACUGUGAAAACUUACGGUAAGAACUCUUUAGUAUGGAUGGGCCCUAUUCCGCAGGUGAACAUUAUGAAUCCUGAAGAUUUGAAAGACGUUUUCACAGAACUCAGCGAUUUUCAAAAGCCACAUUCAAACCCACUUGUGAAGUUUCUAGCAACUGGUCUUGUAAUCCAUGAAGGGGAGAAAUGGGCUAAACACAGAAGGAUUAUCAACCCAACAUUCCAUUUUGAGAAGCUAAAGCGUAUGUUGCCCGCAUUUUACCAGAGUUGUGAUGAGAUGAUUAAAGAAUGGGAGACCGUGGUGUCGAAAGAGAGUUCGUCACAUGAGAUUGAUGUCUGGCCUUCUCUUCAAAAUGUAACAGCAGAUGUGAUUUCUCGAACAGCAUUUGGGAGUAGCUACCAAGAAGGAAGAAAAAUAUUUGAACUUCUAAAAGAGCAAGCAGUGUAUGCAAUGAAAAGCAUACAGAGUGUUUACAUUCCAGGAUGGAGAUUUGUACCAACUAAGAUGAACAAGAGGAUGAAACAAAUUGACAAAGAAAUAAGAAAUGUACUCAUGGGGAUUAUAAGUAAAAGAGAGCAGGCCAUUGAGGUAGGUGAAGCCAUCAAAGAUGAUUUAUUAGGUGCACUGAUGGAGUCGAACUUAAAAGAGAUACGGGACCAUGGGAAGAACAACAAAGAUGUUGGGAUGAGUAUUGAAGAUGUGAUUGAGGAAUGUAAGCUUUUCUACUUUGCUGGGCAAGAGACCACUUCAGUAUUAUUGGUCUGGACAAUGGUAUUACUUUGUCAAAAUCAGAAUUGGCAACAUCUAGCAAGAGAAGAGGUUUUGCAGGUCUUUGGAAUGAACAAGCCCGAGUUUGAUGGUCUAACUCACCUAAAAGUUGUAACCAUGAUUUUACUUGAAGUUCUACGAUUAUACCCGGCAGUUGUUGUGCUUUCUCGAACCACUCAUAAGAAAACACAACUCGGGAAAUUCUCACUCCCAGCUGGAGUCGAAGUCGAGUUACCAACACUGCUCAUUCACCAUGACAAGGAACUGUGGGGUGAUGAUGCAAAAGAGUUCAGGCCAGAGAGGUUUUCGGAAGGAGUUUCCAAGGCAACAAAGGGCCAUCUUUCGUUCUUUCCUUUCGGAGCAGGUCCCCGGAUUUGCAUUGGACAAAACUUUGCCAUGAUGGAAGCGAAAUUGGCCUUGGCAUUGAUAUUGCAACACUUCACAUUUGAGCUUUCUCCAUCGUAUACCCAUGCUCCUUCUAAUCUUGUAACCCUUCAACCACAGUUUGGUGCUCCUAUUAUUUUACAUAAACGUUAACGAGUUGUGUAUGUGACGACCGGCGACAAUGUUGAUGUAUUUCAGACUUGUCUGAUGUGCAACUCUGCAUGUCAUAUAUACACUGAAAAGAAUAAUUGCACAUGUUUUGAACGGGGUGGUGAAGGUGUGAUGUAUAGUAG